GGCGCUGCAAGGACACGCUGUCCACCAUCUCGGGACCCACCACUCAGAACACCUAUGGGCGCAACGAGGGGGCCUGGAUGAAGGACCCCCUGGCCCAGGAGGAGCGGAUCUACGUCACCAACUACUACUACGGGAACACGCUGGUGGAGUUCAGGAACCUUGACAACUUCAAGCAAGGUCGCUGGAGCAACUCCUACAAGCUCCCGUACAGCUGGAUUGGGACAGGACACGUGGUCUACAAUGGCUCCUUCUACUACAACCGGGCUUUCACGCGCAACAUCAUCAAAUACGACCUGAAGCAACGGUAUGUGGCCGCCUGGGCCAUGCUGCACGACGUGGCCUACGAAGAGUCCACCCGCCACUCGGACGUGGACUUUGCCGUGGAUGAGAAUGGCCUGUGGGUCAUCUACCCGGCCAUCAGCUAUGAGGGCUUCAACCAGGAGGUGAUUGUGCUGAGCAAGCUGAACGCGGCCGAUCUCAGCACCCAGAAGGAGACCACGUGGCGAACGGGGCUGCGGAAGAACUUCUACGGGAACUGCUUUGUCAUCUGCGGGGUCCUGUACGCAGUCGACAGCUACAACAAGAGGAAUGCCAACAUCUCCUACGCCUUUGACACGCACACCAACACACAGAUCAUCCCACGGUUGCUCUUUGAGAACGAGUACGCCUACACCACGCAGAUAGACUAUAACCCCAAGGACCGCCUGCUCUAUGCCUGGGACAAUGGGCACCAGGUCACCUACCACGUCAUCUUUGCCUACUGAGAUCCCCCCCACCACAGUGGGGCACUGCGAGCCAGGGGCCACCAGCACCUUUUAUUCUUAUUUUUAUUGUUAUUAUUGUUAUUUUGUACAAAUCAGAGUAAAUGAUGGGUUUUGUUUCCAGCUGGUU